AUGUUAUUUCGGACAGCAGUGGUGUCAUCUCUGGCCCUAUAUGGCCUAGCCGUGGCCGAGACUGGCAUUGAUGGCUGGCUUCGCGACAAGAAGUUGCCAUACAAAGCCGCCGACAACUUCAAGAAUCCCAAGAGCAUCAUCACACAGAACGCAACCAAAUCCAGCCCCGUCUACACUGCUGGCACAGAGUUACAGGACGCCUUGGCGGGUAUCUUUGGAGAGCAGGUCCCACGUGGAUUCAAGGGCUGCGACCACCAGAACUCCAUAAUUGUCGGCACUCUUGACGCCUAUCAUGAUGCAUGUGGCAAGGCACAGCUCCCCGCGGUUAUCGAGGAAGAUGGGUUUUGGCUGAGUAUCAAAGGUGGUUCCGUCAAGAUUGUCGGUCACAAUGAGAGGGGCGCACUCUAUGGUGCCUUUGAAUAUUCAUCCAUGCUUUCCCAAGGCAACUUCUCAGACAUUUCCUACGUCUCGAAUCCGACCAACGCUAUCCGGUGGACCAAUGAGUGGGAUAACAUGGAUGGCACUAUUGAAGGUGGCUACGGCGGCCAGUCCAUCUUCUUCGCACAAAACAAGACCAUGCCUGACAGGGCCCGCGUAAAGCAGUACGACCGGUUGCUGGCGUCCAUCCGUAUAAACGGUGCCAUCUUGACCAACGUCAACGCUAACCCCAUCACCCUGAAACCGGACAACGUACGUGGACUUGGCGAAAUUGCGGCCAUACUAAAGCCGUACGGCGUACAGAUUGGCCUUGCACUCAACUUUGCAUCCCCGCAGACUUUGGGUGGUCUAUCGACGUUCGAUCCGCUUGAGCCAUCCGUUAUCUCCUGGUGGGAAGACAUCACAAACAAGAUCUACGACGAGAUUCCAAACUUUGCAGCCUACCUUGUCAAGGCCAACUCCGAAGGCCAACCAGGACCGCUUACCUAUAAUCGCACGCUGGCCCAAGGCGCUAAUGUCUUUGGCGAUGUCCUCAGACCACAUGGAGGAAUCGUCCUAUUCCGCACCUUUGUGUACGAAAUGCUUAAUAUCACUGAUUGGAAGGCAGAUCGCUCUGCAGAGGCAUAUGAUGCGUUCCAGGGCCUCGACGGAAAGUUCCACGAUAACAUUAUCCUUCAGAUGAAGUACGGUCCGCUUGAUUUCCAAGUUCGGGAACCCGCACAUCCCUUGUUUGGGUACUUUAAGAAUGCCAACGCUGGUAUUGAGCUUCAAAUUGCACAAGAGUACCUAGGACAGCAAGCCCAUAACGUCUACUUGGCUCCUCUCUGGAAAGAGAUAUUAGAUACGGAUCUUCGUGUUGAUGAUAAGUCAUCGUUUGUACGAGACAUCAUCUCAGGCAAACGAUUCAAGCGCCGGAUCGGUGCGUUCUCAGGUGUAGCCAAUGUUGGGAUGAGCCAGACGUGGACUGGCAGCCAUCUCUCUAUGUCGAACCUUUACGCCUUUGGCCGCUUGGCCUGGGACCCUACCGAUGAUCCCGAAGCAAUUAUCAAAUCAUGGAGUCCUCUGACGUUCGGUCUUCAUCGCCAAGUGACAGAUAUCGUCACACGUAUCACCAUGGAAUCGUGGCCGGCAUAUCUUAACUAUAGCAGUAGAGACCUGGGACUGCCAGCCCUUACAGAUGUUACGAAUAACCACUUUGGGCCGAAUGUUCGUGCUGGUGAUGACAACCCCUAUGGUAUUUGGACUCGGUCUGAUUCAUUCUCUAUCGGUAUGGAUCGCACUGUGUCGAGCGGUACAGGCUUCUCCGGUCAAUAUCCUCCUGCAGUUGCAGAGAAAUUCGAGCACAUAGAAACCACACCAACAAACAUGAUCUUGUGGUAUCAUCACGUCAACUACACACACAAGCUUCCAACUGGAAAGACGGUGAUCCAACAUCUCUACGAUGCUCAUUAUGCUGGGGCCAAAACGGCGCAUAACUUUCCGAAGUUAUGGAUGGGAGCUCAAAGAUAUGUUGAUGAAGAACGCUUCAAUUCUGUCCUUUUCCAGCUCACUUUCCAAGCCGGCCAUUCUAUUGUGUGGAGAGACUCCAUAGUGGACUAUUACCACAACCUUACAGGGAUUACUGACGAAGCGGGACGUGCUGGUCACCACCCAUGGCGCAUAGAGGCCGAGCAUAUGUCUUACAGCGGAUACAAGACCGCCGUGUUAGACCCUAUUGAGUCUGCCUCUAAUGCCACUGCUCUUGAAACAAUAGGUAAUAGUACAGUAGCCACGGCUAGUACAAAGCUCGACUUUAAGCCUGGGAGAUAUGACAUCGCAGUUGUAUAUUUUGAUCUUCUUGGCGGGACUUCGCAGUGGGAAGCGUACCUGAACGGCAAAUUAUUGGGGAAGUGGGUUGGUAAUCUGGAAUCAACUCUCAGUCGCGCAGCAACAACUGAACCAGAUAGUGGUUCCAAAGCCCGUAUCACGUUCCCAAACGUGAAGAUUGCUAAAGGGGAUAUCUUCAAGGUCGUAGGAAAGGCAGACCGCGCGGAAUUGGCACCCCUUGACUUUGUAGCAUUCCUCCCCCAGGGAGUUAUUGAUUGA